CACACUUUUAUUUUGGAUGUGAUUAAUCGUUUGACAGCCCUAAACUUUACAUUUGGAAACAUCUGUGAUUUGUUGUAGUACGUUUGAUAUGAAAAUGAGAAAAGGUAAUAAAAUAUUCUAAUAGAAUUAUAAUUAAAAAAAUAUGUGACACAGCUGUGGAGCUGCAUUACUGGUCAGGUAAUUAGAUUCCAUCUGUUAUGCAAGUGCUGCCUUCCUCUUCAGAGGACGGGCACUGUAUUAGGCGUACAUGCUCCGAAGAGGCAGCACAAAACUAGGAGGAAUUCGGCUGUAAUACUAUCGUUCCACUUUGAUCAUCAUCUUCCCGUAAAUUCAGUGUAAUAUUGAUACAGCUCAAAGAGGUUGGAUAACUUCCUCCUAGUUAUGUGUUCAGAAGGUGAGGAUGGGUGUUACUGUUUGAGGAAUUAAAAGUCCUCCCAGUUGUUCUCUCGGUCAGACUGAGCAGGAGAUCAUGGAGGCUGGAUCUGACGUUUGGUCAAGGAACUUGGAAUGGUUCGCUUUCAACGGCUCCUCCACGAGUUCCUCCAGCAUGCUCAACAGCAGCACGCACAGUCCCUUGCCCGAAGAUUCGCACUUGUUGUCGGGAAGAUCACGUCGUGCUCUUGGGACUGUAGGGGUGGUCGUCAUCAUACUUAUCACUAGCUGCAUCAACCUUCUAACAGUCCUAGGCAACGUCCUGGUUCUGCUUUCAAUCAAAGUCAACCGCAAUCUCCGAACCAUCAACAACUACUUCCUUUUUAGUCUUGCUUGCUCAGACCUUGUCGUCGGUGCGUUCUCCAUGAAUCUCUACCUUGUUUACGCCGUAAAGGGAUACUGGCCUUUGGGGCCACAGAUGUGCAACUUGUGGUUGGUUGUGGAUUACGUGGUCAGUAACGCCUCGGUGAUGAACCUCCUUCUGAUUUGCUUUGACCGGUACUUCUGUGUUACCCGGCCUCUGAGUUACCCAACCAAACGUACCGCAAAGUGGGCCGGGAUGAUGAUCGCUGCGGCGUGGUUGCUGUCUUUGCUUCUAUGGGCUCCUGCUAUCCUACUUUGGCAGUCUGGAAGGGACAAAAGCAAGGUCCCGGAGGGACAAUGUUACAUCCUGCUACUCGCUAACCCUGCUGUGACCCUGGCAACCACCAUCCCAGCAUUCUACAUUCCUGUUGUAAUAAUGAUGGUUCUGUACUCACGGAUAUCCCUAGCCAGUCAGAGACGGGUUUGUAAGUUGAAGUCCGAAUCUGCAAACUUGCUUAAACCAUCCAAGACAAGUGAAGGAACAUCUAGCGCAAACCCUGACCUAGUGAAUGACAUCAAACCAGAUGAAACGUGUUCAUUUAAACAAGAUUCAGACCUCGUGAGAAGCAAACGACUCUGCAGCAUGCCUUCCGUAGAGUUCAGCAAAAUGGACUACUCCUUGGAUUCAAGCCAUGAUGCCUCUGCGGAAGACCGAGGGCUGGCUGGAGAAACCAUGAGACCAAAAAGCUUGACCGGGUGUACGGAAACUAGCGGGACAACGCAACCUCACUGUUUUCCAAACCCUACUACCGUUCAGGUUCAGCGGCAAACGUCUAAGGCCAUCUCCAAUAAUGCCAGACGGAAGGCUCUGAGAGAGAGGAAGGUGACCAAGACAGUCCUUGCCGUUCUUCUAGCCUUCAUCGUCACCUGGACGCCCUAUAGUGUUAUGGUUCUGAUUGGUACCUUCUGCCGCUGGUGUGUCCCUGAAAUUCUUUGGAUGGUGGGCUACUUUCUGUGUUACGUCAACAGCACGGUUAAUCCAGUAUGCUACGCGCUCUGUAACGCCACCUUCAAAAGAACCUUUAAACGACUGUUGAUGUGCAAGUUCAGUAAUCUGACGUUAAAAUGAGUUGGACUUCAUCAAAUCUUCAGUGUCUCAUCAACGAUUCCUGACCAACCAAUGAGGAACCUGAUUCGCUAAAAUCGUCUUCGUGACUGUGAAACAGUUUUACCAGAGCCAAAAGGGAAAAUAAAUGCGUUGGUUGAGGUUGUGGAUGUUUAUCGUGCUGAUGUCGCAAACAUUACUUGUACAACUUUAUGAAGUAUCUUAAAGUCAUUUUUAAGCUGUGUGUGAGUGCAUUUUUAUUUUUAUGAGUGCAAUGUUAGUUUACUAGAACCAAAAGUGUAAAUAAGUUGAGGUAUGCACUGUUUUGCAUGUUGCUGAUAUUGCAUGGAUUUGUAUCGUAAAGUUGUUCGCAAGUGCAUUCUUAUGUAAAUAUGUAAAUCAAUGCAACAAAUUAGAGAAGACCCUGAUUCUUGUUUUGAUGGUGGUUUACUAAAGCGAAAAGUGAAAAUAAACAUGUUGGUUCAGUUAUUUGAUAUUUAUCAUGUCACUGAAAUUGCAUUUGUUUUGUAUGGAAGCUUAUUUCCUCCAAUUGCGAGUUAUUAGUCAGAAUUAGUUAUUAGUGAGUUUAUAGUCAGAAUCGCAAUUUUGACUAUGUAACUCACAAUUCUGAUGACUUUUCUCUGAAUUUUUAAAUAUAAACUCGCAAUUUCAAGUUAUAAAGUCCAAUUCUGAUGGGGAAAAAAAAUGACUUAUUGAGUUAUAAAGUCGGAGUUUAUAACUCGUAAUUGUGAGUUUAUAUCACGCAGUUCUGAGAUAAAUUCAGAAUCGCAAUUACCUUUUAUAUUUUUAUUCAGUGUUGGAAACUAGCUUCCAUAGUUCUUCUUUAUGAUAUAUCGCAAAUAAAUUUUUAAGUUUGUAAGACUGUUACUAUUUGCACAAUAAAUGAGUAAAAACACUUUGGUUCUCAUUCAUGAAACAAAAACCAAACACAUUUGUGUAAAUCAUGUCCUCAUUCGUAACAAUAUUUAAAAUUGCAUGAUAAAUGUUAAUUCCCAAGUUGAACAAAAAAAUCUGAAAAGUUCUUUUUAAAAAGGCACCAGAAAAUAUUAUUGAAAAUACACUUUCAUUUAUUCACAACCUGUAGAAGUAAUCAGUUAGUGUUGUAAAUUUGAUUGUACAUCCAUCAAAUCUAAAACCAUAAACAUUUAUAAACAUAGAUACUUUAUAUAGGCCGUUACUUCCCGGAACUGUUCGUUUAAGCAUUAUAACGUACAGAAAUCGUCUUCAAUUCGAUUUGUUGUAAUUUACAAAUACUUUCUUUUAGGGGUGUAAUUAGAGGUUUUCUCUUUUAGUAAAGACAAUUUGUUAGACGACAGAUUUGCUGCGGCCUAUUUUUUACAUGCAAAGU